AAGGAGUGGAAAGAAAGAGUGUUUUGACCUAGCAUCUCAAUCCAAACACCAGCUAACAAGAUUAGCUAUAUUGGGAGAUCGAGAGAGAGAUAGAGAUAGAGGAGAGAGAUGGCUAGGUCAAGUCAAUCAUCAUCUUCAGAUGAAGAAGGAAAUGUAAAUGGUAAUAGCGUAGGGAAUCAGCCGUCGACGCCCAAUUCACCAACAUCGGCAGGGUUUAACACCGAUCAGCUUCCGUUCAAUAGCACCUCCGAUGUUUACUCCGAGGAAGAAGAGGAAGCCGCCGUCGAUCCUCAAAUUAUCAGGGAUGAAGAACUCGAAGACGAAGAAGAGGAAGAAGGCGAGGAUCUAUUCAAUGACAAUUACAUGGACGAUUAUCGGAGGAUGGAGGAGCAUGAUCAGUAUGAAUCACAAGGGCUGGAUGAAUCUCUUGAAGACGAGAGAGAUCUGGAUCAGAUUAUGGCUGAUCGUAGGGCUGCUGAGGUUGAGCUUGAGGCUAGAGAUGCUGCUACCACUGCCCCACCCAUUCUUUCUCAGCGCAAGCUUCCCCAUCUUCUCCAUGACCAAGAUACUGAUGAGGAUAACUUUAGACCGUUGAAAAGAACUAGAGCUGAUUUCAAACCCCCGCCUGCUAAUCCUAGAAGCUUUGAUGACACUGAUGGAAUGCAAAGUUCACCAGGUAGACCACAAUGGGGUAACUCGAGAGAGGAUGUGCCCAUGACUGAUCAGACUGAUGAUGAUCCAUAUGAGGAUGAAGACAAUGAUGAAGGUGAGUUUGAAAUGUACCGUGUUCAGGGUACACUGAGGGAGUGGGUUACAAGGGAUGAAGUGCGCCGCUUCAUAGCAAAAAAAUUCAAGGAAUUUAUACUGACAUACGCAAACCCCAAAAAUGAAAAUACUGAGUUAGAAUAUCUUCAGCAAAUUAAUGAAAUGGUAUCAGUUAACAAGUGUAGCCUUGAGAUUGACUAUAAGCAGUUCAUCUAUAUACAUCCCAAUAUAGCCAUAUGGCUUGCAGACGCACCUCAAUCUGUCCUUGAGGUUAUGGAAGAAGUUGCUAAUAAAGUUGUUUUUGAGUUGCAUCCUAACUACAAGCAAAUUCACCAGAAAAUUUAUGUCCGCAUCACCAAUUUACCUGUGUAUGAUCAGAUACGCAACAUAAGACAGAUACAUUUGAACACCAUGAUCCGUAUAGGCGGAGUUGUGACCAGGCGGUCUGGAGUGUUUCCCCAACUGCAGCAAGUGAAGUAUGAUUGCAAUAAGUGUGGAAUGGUUUUGGGCCCUUUUUUCCAAAAUUCAUAUUCAGAAGUGAAGGUUGGUUCUUGCCCUGAGUGCCAAUCAAAAGGACCAUUCACCAUCAACAUCGAGCAGACAUUGUACAGGAAUUAUCAGAAGCUUACUCUGCAAGAGAGUCCGGGGAUUGUGCCAGCUGGCCGGCUUCCUAGAUACAAGGAAGUGAUAUUGCUGAAUGAUCUGAUAGAUUGUGCCCGGCCUGGGGAAGAGAUCGAGGUCACAGGCAUUUAUACAAACAAUUUUGACUUGUCUUUAAAUACAAAGAAUGGAUUUCCUGUCUUUGCCACAGUGAUUGAAGCCAACUAUGUUACUAAGAAACAAGACCUGUUCUCUGCCUAUAAACUUACCCAGGAGGACAAAGAGGAAAUUGAAAAUUUGUCUAAAGACCCCAGAAUAGGAGAAAGGAUAAUCAAAUCUGUGGCCCCAUCUAUAUAUGGUCACGAGGAUAUAAAAACUGCAAUAGCUCUUGCAAUGUUUGGAGGUCAGGAAAAAAAUGUCGAAGGGAAACAUCGUCUCAGAGGAGAUAUAAAUGUACUCCUGCUAGGUGAUCCAGGCACGGCAAAAUCACAGUUCCUUAAGUAUGUCGAAAAGACCGGACAGAGGGCUGUUUACACAACAGGGAAAGGAGCCUCUGCUGUAGGGCUCACCGCAGCAGUUCACAAGGAUCCGGUCACAAGGGAGUGGACACUUGAAGGAGGGGCACUUGUUUUGGCAGAUAAAGGGAUCUGUCUUAUUGAUGAGUUUGACAAAAUGAAUGAUCAGGACAGGGUGAGUAUCCAUGAAGCAAUGGAACAGCAAAGUAUUAGCAUAUCAAAGGCUGGGAUUGUCACUUCCCUCCAAGCCCGCUGUUCAGUGAUUGCUGCUGCAAACCCUAUUGGGGGAAGAUAUGAUUCUUCCAAGAAUUUCUCGCAAAAUGUGGAAUUGACUGACCCAAUUGUUUCUCGUUUUGAUAUCUUAUGUGUUGUCAAGGAUGUUGUUGACCCAGUCAUAGAUGAGAUGCUUGCGAAGUUUGUGGUUGAUAGUCACUUCAAGUCGCAACCCAAAGGUGCUCAUUUAGGUGACAAGUCCCUUGGUCAUUCCCAGGAAGAUGCUGAAGCCUUUGCCCUGACAGAUGAUCCCGAGAUAAUCCCUCAAGACAUGCUAAAAAAAUACAUAACCUAUGCCAAGUUAAAUGUCUUCCCGAGGCUGCAUGAUGCUGAUCUAGACAAGCUUACUCAAGUUUAUGCAGAAUUGCGAAGAGAAUCGUCUCAUGGACAAGGAGUUCCAAUAGCAGUGAGGCACAUAGAAUCGAUGAUCCGGAUGUCUGAAGCACAUGCUAGGAUGCACCUUAGACAACAUGUAACUCAAGAGGAUGUUGACAUGGCAAUUCGUGUCCUGCUUGACUCCUUUAUCUCGACCCAAAAAUUUGGGGUGCAGAAAGCGCUGGAGAAGAGUUUCAAAAAGUAUAUGACAUUCAAGAAGGAUUUCAAUGGCAUUAUAUUGCAUCUUCUCCGACAGCUAGUGAAGGAUGCACUACAUUUUGAAGAAAUUGUGUCUGGCUCUGCAGCAGAUCUUACCCAUGUUGAUGUGAAGAUGGAGGAAUUACAAAGCAAGGUACAAGAUUAUGGAAUUACGGAUCUAAAAGCAUUUUUCAGCUCUAGCGAGUUUACUAGAGCCAACUUUGAGUUGGAUGAAGAAAGGAGACUGAUUCGCCACCGCCUUGCAAGAUAAUAAUAGGCUACAACUCUACAAAGAGCAAAUAUUCUGUUUUGUUUCAGCAAACUGGCCGGUCCUCAGGGAGCUGAAUAUUUAUCGUUCGACAAGUUAUUUCAGAUGUCAAAAUCUGAGUUGAAGGUUUAGGGGAAAAAUACUAAUUAUAUAAUGAUUAUUAACAUUGAAUGAACUAUCAGUUCGAAACUUGUAAGUAUCACCAUUCCCUGAUGUGUUUCUCUUGUCAUUACAUUCUAUGACUAAAUAGUGAAGAGUUGUGUUCAA